GAAGCACGCUACAGUUGUAUGCGCAACGAACAAAGGACACGCGCCACCAGCAGAAUUGUCCUCAAUAGCCCGACCGCGCUUUUGCACGCUGUUAAGCCUAUAGCAGCAUUCAACACGGCUAGUUCGUGUGUCAAGUUUUGCGUGCUUGGUCUCAGCGGCUGAGCCAGUCUUAACGCUCACCUUAUCGUCCGCCUGCGCCUUAUCGGUGCCCAGGACCUCUUGAGAGCAUUGCCGGCCAUGCAAAUGGGCGCCUAAUGCGGCUCACAUAACGCUGUGGGCACAGCGUGUGCCCGUCUGCCGCCAGCGAGAGCUCAGCAAAUUCGGCCAUCGUCCACAGCGCUUGGGCCUGAGCAAUGAAGAGCCUUGCGGCCCACAAUAACACCACCACAACUGUAUUAUACAGGAGCUCCAGUCUUCUUUUACCAGUGCCUUGCACUGGCAGGGGUGGGCCCACUAGCACAUCGGGGAGGAAUUGCUCCGCCCCUGUCAGCGCCCGUGCAGGCGCCCGUCGCGGCGUGCACAAUGGGGCGGCUGCAGUACAUCCAGGUGGGCUGGACCUGCUUGACACGGCGGAGUCGAGCGCUGAACAGCUUACGCCACGGCGCCUGUUAAAUCGACGGAUAAAAAGCUGCCUCUCGCCGGCACAGCUGGCUGGCCUGGUUCUGUCGGAAGUUGGAAACUUCGACCAGCAGAAUGCCUCGCACGCACUGUCGAGGUUGGCGAAAAUGUACCGCGGGCGACGACGGAAUAGCCAUCAGCACUCGCGCGGCAGCGACGUCGACCGCGCCCGCGCCGCGGCGGAGCUGCGGCCAGCGGUGGAGGCGCUCACCAAACGCAUGCACCAGCUCAUAGGCAACUAUGACUCCUGGGACACGACGCUGUCUUUGUGGGCGUACGCGCAGCUAGACCACUACGACGAGGGUGCGCUGCGUGCGCUGUGCGACGCGGCGGUGGAGGUGGCGCCCAUCUUCAAGCCGGUGGACUGCGCCAACGCCGUGGUGGCGUUCGCGCACCUGGACUACGUGCACCCCGAGCUGCUGCGGCAAAUCGUGCAGACGGUUCUGGACACGCUUGAUGACUACGCGCCCGGCGAGGUGUGCCAGGUGCUGUGGGGGUUUGCGCGGCUGGGCGUGCACCCCGGCCCCGCCUUCCUGGCUGAGGUUGUGGACGCCGUUCAGUGGCGGCUGCAGGGCUACGGCACGCAGGAGCUAGGCAUGGUGCUGUGGGCGCUGGUGCGGCUGGGCUACAAGCCGGGGCCACGUUUCCUCCGCGACGUGGAGUCGGUGCUGCUGGCGCGCCUGCCGCACAUGGCGCCCGGGGACAUCGCCAUUACCGUGUGGUCCUUUGCGCGCCUGCGCUACAAGGCCGUCCGAUUCCUGGAUGAGGUGCCUGCCGCCGUGGGCCCGCAGCUGCAUAAGUGCCGCAGCUCGGAGCUGUGCAGCCUCAUAAGCGGCUUCGCCACCGCGCAUCACUACCACAAGAGCCUGCUGGACGCGGUGGCUGACGUGCUGCUGUCGCGGCUGGACGGCCUGAGCCACCACGAGGUGGCCACGGCGCUGUGGACCUUCGGCACCUUCCGCCACCGCCCCGCGCACCCCGACUUCGCCAAGCAGGUGGCGGCGGCGCUGUACGCGCGCAUGCGUAGCUUCAGUCCGCAGGGCCUGGCCAUGGUAGUGAAGGCGCUGGCGCAGCUGCAGUGGCGCUCUGAGCCGCUCAUGGAGCAGCUGAUCGCGGCGGCCGAGGCCAAGCUUAACGCCUUCAAGCCGCUGGAGCUGUCGCAGCUGCUGUGGGGCCUGACGGCGCUGCAGUGCCGCGACCUGCACAUCUACUAUGCGGUGGUGCGCCGCUGCAUCGCCAUCCUCAAGGACCCGGCCCACCCGCACUACCGCACCAUGACGCACCACCGCGUGGUGAACAGCGUGCUGGGCAGCUGCCAGCAGCUGGGCUACGUGCCCUGGACGCUGAUCGACUUUGCGGAGAGCAAGGGCAUCCGCGUGCGCCAGCCCGACAUCCUCAGCAGCCGAGACGAGGACGACGAGGGCGUGCCGUACUCGCACCAACAGCAGCAGCAUGCUGACGCCGUCGAAGGGUGCGGCCACGACAGAGCUGAACAGCCUUGGGGGGCGAGCACAGGCAGCAGCAGUAGCAGCAGCCGGCGGCACCAGCGCUGUGCGGAGGAGGAGGCGCUGUGGGCGGAGGCCGAGCGCGCGCACUCGCAGCAAGUGGCGGCGGGCAACAGCAGCAGCGACGCCGCUAUGGCCAGCGCCCCUGACGCGGUGGUGCUACUAGAGCAGGGCCUGAUCCCCCAUGUGUCUUCCUCGGCAGCGGCGGACGCCAGCCACGAGGCGGCGGCGGUGCACGCGGCGGCGCAGGGCGAGUACCGGGCCCUGCAGCAGCCCAAACCGCAGCCGCUAGCCAUGCUAACAGAGCGCGGCAGCCGGCAUGCGACGGGCAUGAUUGUCUUGGCGGGCGCCGCGGCGGUCGUGGCUGGCGAGGGUGUGUCGGCGGGUGAUGCCGAGCAGCAGUCCGCAAUGUCAGCACCAAACGUUGCGCAACUGCAGGAAUCGGCGCCAGCCGCAGCUGCACUGGACGGCAGCAAUAGCGGCAGCAACGGUGCCAAGGUGCUGUCGCCUCGCCCCCGGCUGGGGUCGGCGCGGCGAGGCGGGCCGGUUGUUGCUGGUGACGCCAGCCCCAAGGGUGCCAGUGCGCAUGUGGCUGUGCCGGUGGAUAGCGCGGCGCCAAGCGGCGCGAGGGCCCGGGCUCUGUUCAGCGACCCCCGGCGUGACAGCCCGUACAAUGUGGGCAUGGUUGCCGCCACGCCGCUAACGUUUCAACGCUGAAGGCAGCUCCCAGGUUGACACAAGUACUUGCGUUGCAGUCAUGGCAUUCAUGCAAUCUGCUGAAGCGACGUUGGGCGGUGGCUCAGAAGGUUUCUGGUUAUGGCACGAGCAUGCAAGAAGGGCGUUACAUGUAUACGACUAGUCCCGCGCACUGGCGCGGUACACAUGUUCACGGUUUCCACGCUGGGGAACAACACAAAGGCAGGUGCAGCGCCCCGGCAGCAGAUUGGGUUUGAUUGUGAGCGUAGGUGGGGACAGCAAGUCCUGCUGUGCAAAUCUGUCGUUGAGCACGCAUGCGCUGGCAUGGUGGUCUUGGCGGGCGCCGCGGCGGUCGUGGCUGGCGAGGGUGUGUCGGCAGCGAAUGCCGAGCAGCAGUCCGCAAUGGCAGUUCCGUAGGGUUUGACCUGUAAUAGUUACGGUUUCCAAUCUUUAAACAAACAUACUUGUGAAGCCAGGGCAUGCAUUAGUGCUGCGCCCGAAAGAGCACGAACCCCAGACCCCAGCCUCCUAUGGCUGCUCCCCGACCGGAGCUGCUGGAGGGCGGUGACGAAUUGUGGCACCAAUCUCAAGAGGCAGCUCGGGAAGCAGGCGGCGCAGGCUGCGGUGGCGGGAUCGGCAGCGGCGGCUGCGCAGCCGAGGGUGUGGCUGGCACUGCGGAGGUGUGUGAGCGUUGGCGCUUGCAAGGGGCCGGGCAGCAGACUUCGCAGCGUCAAUGACAACUGUGGGCCUUGCUGUGGGCGGCAGCUGCUGGUGCCGCCGUGCCACACCGCAAUGGUUACAGGCGCCCAAGCCUUGCGCCGCCGGGCGCCGGCCUCGGUGGCGCUGCCGGCUGCAAGAGCGACGAGCCGGCAGAGGACAGCGACGAGGAGGAGGACAGCGACUCUUGAGCGUUGAGGUGGAGCUGUUGUGAGGUGGCCUGUUCUCACGUGGUGGCCUCACCUACUCCUGUAACCGCAGCAUAAG